AUGUCGGUCAACUUGGCCCGUAACGGAAAGCUCCCGGUUCAUAUUAGUGAAGUCGCAAGGGACGAAGGCCUUGUCACUGCCUUGAAGGCCCAAGUAGUAGAAGACGGAGCACUCACUGGAGGGACAAACAAAGAAUACCCUAAGGACGAAGCAGCGUGGGGAAAGAUUUGGGCGGAGGAAGAGGGUUCUAGUCUGGCAUACCUCCUCGGGUCUACCAGCACUACAAUCGGUGAGGAGUAUUUCAACGGACUUAUUGCGCGAACAACAUUUUUGAAAGACAUGACAGCAGAAGAUCUGAAGACUUCUGUUGAAGCUGGCGGUGCAGCGGCCGCCGCCGUCCCUACCGUUCUGAUUGCUGGUUUGCUCGCCAUGCUGACAACCAUCUCUGCCUAG